GACUGCAUUUUGCCUGUAAAAUACAUUUAUUCUUUCUUCAAGUCUGCUGGUGAACUUGUGCGUGUCUCUGUCUUCACUUCUUUGUGUGAACUUCGAACAUUUUUCUGUUUAGCUGCCUAGGUGUUAUUUAAUAUUAGGCGCCCCGCUUCUUAUUUAGUUAUUAUAACUUUGUAUGUGAAUUUUGUUUGGAAAGUAUUACAUUCCUAUACUAACUACUGUGCACUUGUUCAACUGAUGUAAUACAUGGAUGCAUAUAUUUGAUGACUUCUGGAUAAGUUUUAUUAGUUUCAUUUAUACAAAUGCAAUAACAACUUUCUCUGUUUAUAAUUCCACAUUCUUUACUUUGGCACAACUCGGAAUGUAGGGAAAUUGUCGAAUCCAAUUUUUUAAAUUCACAAAUCAAUUCUUUUAGAAGUAUCUUUUGUGAGUUUGGAAACGAACUGAAUCACUGGUUGUAAUUCAUUGGAAAUUCCAAUUUGAAAUUUAAUAUGUAUAGAAAGAUGCUAGUAUAGUGGAUGCAGCUAGACUAUCUCUUCUUAGAGUACAUCGAGUCGUCUGCUGAAAUCCUAGCAGAUAAAAUGCACACAUGAAUUUUUACGGCAGGAGAGUAGAAACCGAUUCGCAAUAAUCUCGACUGCACUCGACGUAAUAAAACAAUGACGUCCGCUCUUCAACUCGCCUGCUCGGGUGUAUGAAGACUAGAUCCAGCGGGCUCACGUUACACCGGCCAUACAGUGCGCGGGAAAUCUUGGACUAAGAGAAAAGAAUCGAAUACUCCGCAUCUAGAAUUUGAGCGUCGCUGGAUACGGAUUGACCUCCCAUUGUUGAUUAUUGUUAUUAUAUCUGACAUUUGUUGUGGACUAUAUCAGCAUGUCACAAAGAAGGUUUACAAAUGCCAAAAUAGUCAUUCUGGGCGGUUCGGCCGUCGGGAAAACAGCAUUUGCCGUGAGAUACAUCACAAAACGUUAUAUUGGAGAUUAUGCGCCUAACACUGAAAUGAUGUAUACUCAUCGUUUAGUAGGCAGCAGAGAUGACGUCACGCUCGAAAUACUGGACACUGCGUUUCAGAUGCCAAAUGACAUCCUGGAGAAACAUGUCAAGUGGGCGGAUGGUUUCAUUCUAAUGUACUCGGUCACAAGUCGUGUCAGCUACCAGGAGGCCUGCAAACUUAAAGAGACUGUGUUUCAACAUCGGGGUGCUGACCUACCCAUAGUGCUCGUGUCCAACAAGCAUGACCUCCUGACUGCUCGAGCUGUAACUGAUGAUGAGUGUGAUAAUCUAGCUGGCGAGAUGGACUGUCCAAGGUUCCAGAUCUCUGUAGCUGAGGGGCAGGACGGUGUGAAUGAAGCCAUGGAGGAGCUGCUGGUGCUGAUCAAGAGACAGUUGGUCAAGAACUUGACCACGACGCCUGAGCACGUGGCGGGACUGGAGAAGAAAUCUCGACUUUACAAUAUGAAGAAAGCUUUUAAGAAAAGAAUUGUCCGGAGUCGAAGUGAUACAUUCUGACUCGGUGAGGGGAGGGUCAAGUUCUCUUUGGGGCGCAUGUUGGACGAUUGAAAGGACACCAUGAGAUGAAUGUUAACUUCGGACUUUAAAUUGAAUGUUUCGUGUGUGCAUAAAGUUGUAUGAUGUUUGCAGAACUUAUUUUGGGCUGGCCAGACUUAUAGUAUUGAGUCACAAGUUAUACUUGACUAUUGUAUUUAGUAGCUGGUCAUACUUGCUAUAAUGUUAACUAUGUGGUUAUAUUUUACUAUCUUUUUACCUUGCUGGUUAUAUUUUACAAUAGUAUUAAUUUGCUGGUUAUAUUUUACAAUAGUAUUAAUUUGCUUGUUAUAUUUUACUAUAGUAUUAAAUUUCCUUUUAUACUUUACAAUAUUUAUUUUUAAGUUUCUGUAUUACUUCAUUUUGGUGUUAAGUUGCUGGUCAUAAUUUAAUAACAAAUGAAUUUGCCAAAACAAAGAUGUCGACUGAUGUAUACCCAAACUUACUUGGCCUACGUACACUAUUUAAUUGUACAUUUUAAAUUGCAACGAUUAUCCAUUGUAUGCUUAGUUGAUAUGAACUCGAAGACAGCUGAGACAAAUCCUCGCUUUAAAACCUGGUCUCAUGCAUGGCAUUGGUAGGCUGGGUCUGCUGCAGAUAUGCGUUCUUCUGUUCUCAGCUUUUAUUGGGAUCUGCGUUAUUUGCUACAGACUGAUCUCCUUGACUCUUGUCUUGAAACUCCGACACUCCCGGCCUCACGACAUGAGGAGAGAUCAAGAUGUAGCAUUGAUUUUAAGCCUUUCAAUAGUAUUAUAAUUUAAGUUUUAAUAUUUGUUUUAUUAAUAUUACGAACAAUAUUCGCUCCUGCACGUUACGCUGUAUUGUAAUUGUGACAAUGUCUAUAACUGAUCAUUUGAGUUAUGUGUAGAGCUUCGCGUCAUUUGAGUCAUGUGUAGAGUGUAGAGCUACGUGUCAUUUGAGUCAUGCAUAGAGCUUCGUGUCAUUUGAGUUAUGUGUAGAGUGUAGAGCUACGUGUCAUUUGAGUCAUGUAUAGAGCUACGUGUCAUUUGAGUUAUGUGUAGAGUGUAGAGCUACGUGUCAUUUCAGUCAUGUAUAGAGCUACGUGUCAUUUGAGUCAUGUAUAGAGCUACGUGUCAUUUCAGUCAUGUAUAGAGCUACGUGUCAUUUCAGUCAUGUAUAGAGCUACGUGUCAUUUCAGUCAUGUAUAGAGCUACGUGUCAUUUCAGUCAUGUGUAGAGCUACGUGUCAUUUGAGUCAUGUGUAGAGCUACGUGUCAUUUGAGUCAUGUGUAGAGCUACAUGUCAUUUGAGUCAUGUAUAGAGCUACGUGUCAUUUGAGUCACGUAUAGAGUUACGUGCCAUUUCAGUCAUGUAUAGAGCUACGUGUCAUUUGAGUCAUGUGUAGAGCUACAUGUCAUUUGAGUCAUGUAUAGAGCUACGUGUCAUUUCAGUCAUGUGUAGAGCUACGUGUCAUUUGAGUCAUGUGUAGAGCUACGUGUCAUUUGAGUCAUGUGCAGAGCUACGUGCCAUUUCAGUCAUGUGCAGAGCUACGUGCCAUUUCAGUCAUGUAUAGAGCUACGUGUCAUUUCAGUCAUGUGUAGAGCUACGUGUCAUUUCAGUCAUGUGCAGAGCUACGUGUCAUUUCAGCCAUGUGCAGAGCUACGUGCCAUUUCAGUCAUGUAUAGAGCUACGUGUCAUUGUUGCUGUUUUUAUUGUUUAAAUAGUGAAUUAUUGACCAUUUAAUUUUUUAAUUUUUUCUUGCAAUGAUUAAAUGUCUAAAAUGGAAUAUAUUGAACUACAAUGCUAUUUGUUCAAAGAAUCUGACUUUGCCAAACACAUGUUCAUGUUAAUGUAAUUUCGCUUGCUUUCUGUUUUGUUAUUUUUAAUUUAGUAAUAUGUUUCCUAUUUACAAAGAUUCUAUUAACUCACUCCUUCUGUCUGUCUCUCUGUCUGUCUGCCUGGAAGAUUUUUUUGUUUCGCGAUUUUGUCUCCCUCUCCCCAUUCUAGGAUCACGUGCAAAUUGUACACAAUUAUUGUCGAUAACAACACACGAAUUAAUAAAAUAAUUAACCAAUUAGUUCUUUUAAUUAGUGGUAAUUAGUUAAUUUUGCUUUAUAUAGGAGAAUGGAAAUAAAUCUUGCAAUAUUGAGACUAAUGGCAGUAAUUUAGCAAUUAUUUCCCUUGUAUAAGUUUUGUUUAAAAAAACAAACUAUUUCGCUUAUUUUUUUUUCUCUCCAAAUGAGCGUUGUGUUUUUUUUAAAUAAAGCUGAAUGAGGUGAAAUAAGAUCUCUGAUGAAAGGAACUCGAAUAUGAAUAAUGUUAUGAACUGAUUCUAUUUUUGUUCAGAUAUCUACAAGACAACGAAUAGAACUUUUAUUUCGUUAUUUAUUUAUAUUUUAAAGGAAAAAAAGUAUUGAAAUAAUAGACAGAGUAACUAUUUCUAUCUCUUCUCUGUUCAAUUAUACUAUAAAUAUAUAUAUAUAUAUAUAUAUAUAUAUAGAGAGAGAGAGAGAAAGGAAGAGAAAGAGAGAGAGAGAGAGAAAGAGUUAACAUAAUCAUAUUUAAACUCAAGUUUUAUGAAGAGUACAAAUUUUAGACUUAGAGUGUCUUUAAAAUAUAUUUAAUUAAGAAACUAUAUUCACUUUGAGAGUGCCUUUAAAAUAUAUUUAAUUAAGAAACUAUAUUCACUUGCUAAGAUGAAAAUGAUUCAAUUUUUUUUUCCUAAUCAGUUAAUUUUUUAUUUUAUUUUUAGGUUGGCAUAAUAAAAACAAAUUAUUCAAUGAAAAAAC